AUGAAAUCGCAUUUUCUAUUAACAUUAUCAUCGACUAGUGAUAUUUAUCACAUGUUUUGUGAUGAAUUUCGCAAAGUCCAUAUAAUUUUAUAUAUACAUUUUGUCAUGGGUGGAGCGGGCGUCGAAAUUGCAAUUAAUUGAUCAAACUCUGCCUAUGCAUUUUUUGUUUAAUUGUUUUGGCUAAGAAAGCAAACUUAAUUUCUUGUUCUUAUAAUGUAAACGCGUGCAGACCGUUUCAGUUUGUAACAGGUGCUCGACAAGGAUCAUGCUUUUGGCUUUUUGUUGUCAGGACAUAGGAUGGACUUUUGCACUUGGGACAAAUGCUAUAAAAGAUAUUUGAUCAAAGAAGAAUAUUUCAGUUGGAUAACGGAUUAAGCUUGCUUGGAUUAUAUCAUGCUUGGAGUGAUAUUAUGCUUGGAGUGACUAUUUAAACCAGUCAGGGUGAUCUUACUCUUCGAUGUGCAACUUGCUUGCAAGAAAAAGUGCUGGUGAUUGAUGCAUGAACGCACUCUACGUAACUACUUAAUCCCCUUUUUUGGAUACUCACACAUAUGUGGAGAAGACUGUUUGCUGUAUUUCUUAAUUUUCACUCUGAUAGGUCUUCGUUAUAUGUCCGUUUUAAUGGCUAGAAGUGACCGGGGAGACUUGCUGUGCAGGCGGAACAGUAAACUCGAGUCUUUCCUCAAGAGGAGCACCGAGCGCCGCUUCUACGAGCGGAUCCGCGCCUACGAGCCGUGCAUCGUCAUUUCGCCGAAAAUCAGCAAGGUGUUUAUGCACGCGGUGCUGAACGACGAGUCGGUCUACCUGGCCGAAUUUCUACCUCGCACGCUCCAGCUUGCGGUCUGUUUCAGGCACGUCAUUGACAUCAGUUUGGUCAACGAUCUACCGGAUUUUCUCACUGGCCGCGAGCGUGAACACUCACAGCAUAUCCGUGUCGUCUACACCUCUGCAAAGCAUCCUGGGAAAGGAGAUGCAGGGCACCGGGGAGGCAUCGGCAGGGCGGCUCCACGUGCUUCUCUUUUACUCCAGAAACACCAGUCCAUCUCUCCUCAUGCUGGGGUCAGUAGCGUCCUGCCCUCUAUGUGCUCUGCUUCUCCGGGGACCGCCAUCUGGAAGCAUGCCCCCUUGUCCACCAGGGUGGAGGUAGAGGAGCAGACGCCGAAGCCUACGUCCUCGCCUCCACUGGCUCACGGUUCCUUGGCACCCAGCAUCCUGGACUCCGCUGAGACGCCGACCCACUCAGGCAGGGGUAGCCCAGACAGAAGGGCCUCGAUCCUGGGCAAGCUGGCCGAGCGGACGAUGGUGCAGGAGGGUGGGGAGAAGGAAGAAUCAGCGAGGUCCGAGCUGCACCUCUAUGCAGUGUCUCCAUCCUCUCGGAUAUACCUGCACCUCCAGACCGCCUGGAACAGCUACGUCAUCAGAUCCACGCUCCUGUUGGACCCUCAGUUCAGAAAGAGAUGCUGCGUUUCCUCUACCCUUCAGAACCGACGGCAGACCAGUUGGGAACGCACCACCCAUCUCUUUGGUCAGCUGAGCAGGGAGCUUCUACAGCAGGACCUCACCAUGGAGAUGCUGUACCUGCUGCUGCAGGAGCUCCACACGGCCGCGCAUCGCAACCACGCCGUCCGCCGCCUCUUUUGGAGGUCAGAAGAGCUUUGCUCAUUCCUAGUGAGGACGCUGGAGGACACACUUCAGAGCUGCUGGAAGACUGUAGGAGGUAGCAGAAAGAUUCCCGUAGAGGACAGGCUACUACUGUCGGCACUGCUGGCCCAGACCUUGGGUUUGAUGUUCCGGGAGACGGAAAUCGAACCAGCACGUCUCAACUUGCUGACUUCUAAAAGGGGUGCACUUACUGAAAGGCUGUUACUGGCGCUGGUCUGUGACCCAGGAAUGGAUCUCCAGGGACCGGCUGCAGACCCAGGGUGGCACUCUCAGCAGGCCAAGGCGAGUGCCCUGCUGGCUGAAUAUCUGGAUGCAGCUUCUGCACUGCUGUUUGAGGUGGUGUUGGUGGCCCAGCAGGCUAGCCAUACCUCAGAUCAUGAGUGCUUCUUAACUGUGGGCUGGGUGCUGAAGACUCUACAGUCUCACCAGUCUGUGAUACCUUUUAUUAGUUACGUGGCACAGCAGUUGGUUCUGGUACUUGCCCGGCCGGUUCUGAGCCCAGCCCAGGCUGUGUUGCUGUACCAGCGGUGCCGGGUACUCCUCGCCUGUUUGCAGUACAGCGUUGAACUGGGAAGCCACAUCAGGACCCAGUACUGGGAGGAAUUCAGGUACUAUGUGAAAGUGUCCCAGCUGGAGGAUAAGCUGCCGUCUCAUUACCGCAUCAGCCAGCCCACAGUCAAGCUGCUCUCCCAGCUCCUGCACCUGGUCCUGCAGUAGCCCUGUGCUGCCCACACAUAUACACACACACACACACAGACACACACAGACGUUGGGGUACCUAUGUAAAUGGGGACCAUCCAUUCAUUUCUAUGGGGAAAAACCCUAAUCCCAAUCACUGCACCCUUAACCUCUACCCAGCCCUAACCUUAACCAUAAGUAACCAACCAAAAUACAAGACUUUUGGCAUUUUUACUUUUUUGACUGCAUUCACAGAGAACAGGUAUUUGGUCCCCACAAUGUAAUAUAAACUUAAUACAGACAGACACACACACACACACACACAAAGGGGUUUAAAAUGCUUAAACAGUGUUGUUCCUGCUGGGCCAUUGUAUUCUAAUGACACUGAAAUAAUUAUUUAUGAGUAGCUGUAAGCCAUUGCAGGACUUGGGAGCUGUGGUCUACCAUAGUUAAUAUUUUCUUCAGUAAACUCGAAGGAACAAAGCUGUGUUCUGGGAGUAUGUUGAUUAGAAAGUGAAUGGUCACUGAAAAUAUGCCGGCACCGGGUCCCGUUUCCACCCGGUUCUGCAGUCCACAGUUCCCCACCUCUGAAUAAGUGUGUUGAAGCCAGUAGCACCAUUGCAACAUACCUAGAAAAAACAGCAGAGAGUUUAAGGUUGGCUUCCGUUUUUGAUGUGUGUGUGACACAUACGUCGGGGGGGGGAGAGUACCGCGGCGGCAUGGUGGUUAGUGCUGUGACAUCGCGCCUUUGGAACCCUUUGUGUGCCCUGUGAUGGGUUGGUGCCCCAUCCUGGGUUGUUUCCUGCCUUGUGCCUAUAGGCUCCAGACCCUCCACAACUCUAACUAGGAUAAGCAGUUUGAGAAAAUGGAUGGAUGGAGGGAGGGAGUAGCAAGUCUCUGCAUCUUGCCCUGCCCGUGGAAAGACAGAUGAGGAUGGAAAAUCCUGAUUGUUUGCCUCUUGACUGGAUUGAACACACUUAGGACUUCUCUUGUUCUAGUUGAUGGGUAGACAUCUAUAUGCAAGCACUUUAUUUGCACUUUAGGGGUCUUUACUAACAAUGACGCCUAUAAAGCACAUCUGCAAUACUUAUAUUGUAGUGAUUAUUCUAGAAAUGACCUCAAGUUAAGCAUGAUCAUCACUGGGUGUCAAGCAGGACGUUUUCCAAUCAAGAUGAACCUACGGAUCACAGCUUUGGGAAUAAUGUAAAUAAGAUGAUUGUUCUUUUUGGUCAUAAAGCAUUUGUCAAACUAGCAAAAUACUGCAGGAAUCGUUUGUAACAAUUCUAAAUGUUUGAAGAAUGAAGAAGAGAAUAACUUGAAGAUCCACAGCAGUAAUGAAAUCCAGUGUAUUGAUUUUUUUAACCCAGUUUCAACUGAUUUCACAGUCUUAAUAGCAUAUAAAUUCUCAACAGAAAUAGAAUAAAUUCAUAUUCCUUGAUUAUUCUGUGUUGCAGUAUUUUUCAUUCUUCACAUUUCCUGCAGCCAAAGGGUCUGACCUUAAAGUGUUGUGGAGUCAAAAAAGCAGUUUAUCCAUCUUUCUUUGCUUGUUUUACUGCGUUUAUUAUU